AUGUUGGGAUCCUUGAAGUCUAAGCUGAACUUCUUUCGCAUCCAUCUCCUUCUCUUCAUACUGAUCCCUUUGGUCCUGGCCUCAAUAUUCCAUGCUUCCAAUGGAAGGUACAAGAUCAAGUUUAUAGAUGCGCUCUUUGUCUGUGUCAGUGCUGCUACAGGGACGGGCCUCAUCACUUUCGACCUGAGUAGCGCAACGGCGUGGCAGCAGGUUAUCCUUGUAAUGCUAGAGCUCUUCGGCAAUCAAGUGUUCGUGUCGUGGCUGGUUGUCCUGGUUAGGAGGCUGUACUUUCUCGAGCAUCUGGGCCACAUUGUCGCCGCUGAGCAGGAGAGGGAUUCCACACAACGUGAUUCAACGAGCAUGGACGCGAGGCCAACACUAAAUGCAUUCCUGAACAAUGGUCUGCGGGAGCUAGGGGCACGCCGACUAUCUCAGCGAACUCAGCAAACACUUCCUGCUGCUCCCAAGCCGCCGAAGGCAGCAAGACGUAGCGCUCCAGAUAAGUUGCAUGCUGGGAUGGUCCGCCGUGUCGAUGUCUCUCCCCAUCGCGUCGACCCAGCGGGUAGACGCACGACUUCAACCGACGGUGGUUACAGCUCUAGCUACGAUGCGCCACGAGAGUCCAGCGUCAACCCUCUGCAUUCGCCCCAGCUGAGCAACAGGCGAACGAGUCUCACUCAGCAGCUCUCUCCUGUGCCCGAACAGGGUGGCUACUUCGGCGGAUAUCCUGGACCGUUCGAAUUGGUGUCGCACGCUAUGCGUUCUGCAUUCCCGCGGUUGCAUCGCAGGCUCAGGACGACUGUAACUAUGCCAAGAACGGAGACCCUGAUCCCUGGUAUUGCUGGAGAGACUUCACGCGGUGCUUCCGGCCCACCGACGCGCGUAGUGCCAUACCUGUCUUUUUGGGCGAUCGUCGGUAGGAAUUCGACAUUCCGCAACUUGAGUAAAGAGGAGAUCGAGGAGCUCGGAGGAGUUGAGUAUCGUGCGCUGAGCGCCCUUCUGUGGAUCGUGCCGUUGUACUAUCUCGGAUUACUUGCGAUCUCAUUUGCAGUGAUCGCCCCAUAUAUGUGUAUGCUACGUUGGCGACUUUGGUUCUUGCCUCCCGAGCAGCAUCGCAAGAUCAACCCAAUCUGGUUCUCCGCUUUCCAAGUGGUAGGAGCAUGGGCAAAUACGGGCAUGUCUCUAGUCGAUCAGAACAUGACACCUUUCCGGACUGCAUACCCGAUGAUCAUCUUCCUUGUUAUUUGCGUCCUCGCCGGCAAUACAUUCUUCACUCUGAUGCCUCACACCAUUAGUUGGAUUCUCAUGACAGUUUUCCCACAUCAGUCUCGCACCAAACAAACCCUACAAUUCCUUCUAGACCACCCACGUCGCUGUUUCAUAUACAUGUUUCCUUCCAAUCAGACUUGGCUGCUUUUCGCCAUGCAAUUCACCAUAGACCUGUUAGCGUGGUCGUUUGACCUCCUGCUCAACGUAGGCAAUCCUGCAUUCGGCGGAAUUACAGUUGGUGUCCGGAUAAUCAACGCCGUCCUCGCUGCCGCAGCCGUGCGAAGUGCAGGCUUUCAGUCCAUUGCUGUUUCUACAUUCGUCCCUGCCGUGCAGGUGCUAUUCGUUAUCCUGAUGUAUAUCGCCAUUUAUCCCAUAGCCAUCAGUAUUCGCUCCACCAAUGUCUAUGAGGAACGAUCGCUGGGUAUCUACGAGUCGAAAGAAGAGGAAGAGGAAGCCUCCGAACUGGAUCGCCCGCAUAUGGACGUGGAGUCUCGCGUCGCCAUCUGGGGAAGGUAUCUCGUCCGCCAUGCUCGCAGGCAAUUGUCAUUUGAUAUGUGGUGGCUUGCGUUGUCAUUGUUUUUACUCUGCAUAAUCGAGCGAACGCCAUUGAUGAAUACGAAUGACUCAUCAUGGUUCAACAUCUUCGCAUUGAUUUUCGAGCUAGUCUCUGCGUACGGAACAGUUGGUCUUUCUCUCGGCAUUCCCAAUGAGAACUACUCCUUCUCAGGAGCCCUCCAUACGCUAUCUAAGCUCAUCAUGUGCGCGGUCAUGAUUCGUGGCAGACAUCGCAGUUUGCCCGUUGCGCUAGACCGGGCUGUACUACUCCCGCACGAGUUUUUGAGGCAAGAAACUCGGCCGGCGGACGAGGACGUUAGACAAGAAGCGGAUCAGAACAUCGGGGACGGACAGCAUGGAGAUGCCCGGACAGAGAAGCAGGCGGAAACCCCUCAUUCAAUGGAAAAUAUCGAAACAGACGAGACGACGAACGCGACGAGGGCGCGCAGGCGGAAAUUGAGCUUCGCAUUCGAUCAGCCACCAGAAGCAAGAAGGGAUGUUUCCGUCGCCCACCAUCUGAUGAAAGUUGAGCCCCGGGAGACUGCAGAACUCGAGGAGAAUGGGUGA